AUGGGUAUUAAUAAUUCACGCUUAAAGGGUAGGAAAUUCAAGAUACCAAGUAUACCAGAGAAUGUGCAGACAAAAUCCAUCGAUGAGAAACUGCCGGACGUGAACCGUUAUUUAGCGAGCGAUAUUGAUUACGUUGAAAAUGUACAUGCAUUUCAUUUUGUUAAGAGACAUUUAUUUCAAAGUAAUUUUUCUUCGCCAAUUGAAGAAAAAAUAAUUCAAGGAGGAUGUAAUGUAUUGGAUGUUGCAUGCGGUUCUGGAACUUGGCUAUUAGAUUUAUCAUCUAAUUAUGAGGAUUCUCACUUUUUUGGACUUGAUUUUCAGGCAAUCUAUCCGCAAGAGAUAAAACCACCAAAUUUAAAUUUUAUCGAAGCAGAUAUAUUGGAUGGAUUACCAUUCCCCGAUAAUGAAUUUGAUUUUGUGCAUCAAGAUACAAUGACUAGAAUUUUACAAAAAAAUCAAUGGGAAUUCAUUUUAUCUGAGCUCAUUAGGGUAACUAAACCAGGUGGAUAUAUUGAAAUAUCUGAACCAAUUCAAACGUUUAAUGGCUAUGGACAAAUCAUGCAGAAAUUGUUUAACAGUUGUAAGUGUCGUUUUUGCGAUAAACUUUCCACUUGCUUAUUAUUGAAAGUUUAUGUGUACUAA